AUGCCAGCCCAGACCUUCUUCCUCGUGUCACUGCCAACAUCAAUAUCACCCUCUGGCCAACGAGACGAAGCUCUCACAGCUCUGCGGUCCGGUGUGAAUGCCAACGAUGGCACUACAUAUCCCUUCGCCAUACCCGAAUUCAAGAUCGGCACUCUCGAUGCGUUAGUACAGCAAGCAGAUGACCUGGCGAAGCUCGACCAAGGCUGCAGAGGGGUAGUAGACAAGGUUGCAGACUCGCUGCGAUCACUACUGGAGGGCGAUGAUGAGAAGCUUCAGGAACAGAAGGUGGUGAACGACAAGCCUGUUGAGAACUAUCUCCAAUCCUUCCAGUGGAACAAGGUCAAAUACCGCGCCGACAAACCCAUCGUCGAGCUCAUUGACACUCUGCAAAAGGAGGUUGCUGCGGUGGACAACGAUGUCAAGUCCAAGUUCAGCCAGUACAACACCACAAAGACCAACCUAGCCUCGACGCAACGAGGUCAGACUGGCAACCUAUCACAGAAGUCAUUGACAUCAGUGAUAAAUCCCGAUACAUUGCUGAAGCCAGACGACUCGGAAUAUCUCCAACAACAGCUUGUGGCAGUACCUUCACAGCUGGUCAAGGACUUCCUCAAGACAUACGAAUCGAUAGCGCCAAUGGUAGUACCUCGCUCGGCACAACUACUUGCCAAGGACGACGAGUUCCAGCUUUACGUGGUCACUGUUUUCAAAAAGCACAGCGCCGAGUUUGUACACAAAUGCAGAGAACACAGAUGGACACCUCGAGACAUGAAGUUCACAGAUGGCGGUCGGGAAGCAGAGGAACAGGAGCUACGAAAGCUGGAGAAGGAGGAGAGGAGGGUCUGGGGCGAGGCGCUGAGACUUGGACGAACAGGAUACAGUGAUGCGGUAAUGGGUUGGAUACACGUCCUGACGCUUCGGGUGUUUGUGGAAACCGUCCUCAGAUACGGCCUGCCGCUUGCUUAUGUAUGCGGACUAAUCAAGACCGACUCGAAACGUGCGAAGAAAGCCAAAGCAUCCCUCGAUGGCAAGUUCGCUGAUCUUGGCGGCAACGCAAUGAGUAAGGACAAGAAGGGUCGGCCCAAGCAAGAUGAUUCCAGCAUGCAACAAGAGAUGGCGGGAGCAGGCUUGGGAGGCGACCAAGGAUUCGAGCCAUAUGUGUUCUACGAGUUUGAGGUCAUAUAG